AGCUCCCAUUUAACAGGAAUGGAUUGGUUCAUACAAACUGAAACCAAUCCCCUCUGAUAAGUAUGACAGCUACACCCUCUGUGACUCACCUCUACUGACAUUAGCUAUAAGAGCACCUGUCAGAGGUUCAGCAAAUGAUUUGAAAAGUGUCUGUGAUCAGCAAGUUGCAGAACAGCUUUGCUAUGAGAUAAAAGAAUCAUUACUAACUUAGCAUACAGGAUUUUCAGCUUGGCUCUGGGGAAUUGCUAGUGGCAUUCAGUCAGCUAUACUCCUGCAGAGGAGAAGGGAAUAAUAUAAAACUGUUCAUAGCCUUGGGAAAGCUGAAGGUUCAACCAUGACUACUCAAACAGAAGUCUGGCAUACAGAGGUAGAUAUGGAGGAGAACCAAGACACCAGGCCAGAGUGCCCCAUCUGCUUCAACAGCUAUGACAACAUCUUCAAAACACCAAAAGUAUUGGAAUGUUCACAUACCUUUUGUCUGGAAUGUGUGGCAAGGCUGGUGGCAGCACUUCCUCCCGAAAAGCAAACAGAAAAUGUAAUUUGCCCAUUUUGUCGGCACCCCACUGCCAUCCCAGAGGAAGGGGCACCAGCUCUAAAAACCAGUCAAGAGCUACUGUCCAAUCUGCCACCCCACCUCCAGGAUGGACAGUCUGUCUGGAUUGAAGGAAACAAACUAUGUUACAAACAAAAUGCAGAGUCAGACUCCAGCCAGACUGAUUUGUGCAUCUGCGUAGACAUUGGUUUGAGCAAAAAGGAGCCUCCUGCUCCACCCAGGCAACGUUCUGGUCUAUGGGGCUUCUGCUGUAGGUGCAAUGACUGGAAGAGACUUGUUCUCAUUGCAUUCAUGGUGGUGGUAUUGUUCUGCAUUCUGCUUUGGCCAGUUCAGUGUAUUCUGAAGACAGGGAAUCUCAGGUGCACUGCUGAAUCUGCACCUACGAAACUACCUGUCACACUACAUGCCCCUUAGAGGACUCAAUCAAUACAGUAUUUUUACCAAGUGAGCCAGGUUGGGCCUCUAAAGUGGUUGUAAGGAAGCAUCAAGGGUUUAAAUGCUGCUUUAAUAUGCACUUGCAUCCACGACCUAAGGUUAUUGAGUUACCUUAAAGUAAGAGGACCAAUUGUUCUAAAAUGGAUAAUAAACAAAACCGUAACAAAUGGAAUAACAGUGACAAUGUUUUACAGCCAGUCGACUUGCACAGAAACUAAAAUAAUGUAUGAUCUCUAUGGUAAAUGACCACCAAUAACCGCCAAAUACCCCAUUUUAUGACAGUAAAAUAUUUUUAUGGAUUAACAUGGUAUUUUAAUUUGCCUGGAAGAGGCAAUGUAGAAAUAAAAGUGUCUACACUCAGAUCAAAUGAGCUUAACACAGAUAUGGCAAGAAUUGUGGUUUUUAACUGUUAUUAAAUUUCUAUAUUUCUAAUAGAGUUACUUGUGCCUAAAGUAAAGAUAACAGCAAUUUUUUUCUGUGUUAUAUAGAUGGUUUCCAACACUCUUUUCUCAUUCACUUCUAAAUGUAAUAGUUUUCUAGUGUUACAACAGAUUAUAUUUUAUUUUGCAAAAAAAAGGAAAGCACAAUGUAAAGUUUUUUUUUUUUAAAAACAUUUUAGGUUUUCAUUGUAAAUGACUGCAAUAUACACCUGCCUUUAUGGUUAUACAGCUUUACCUAAGUGUUCAUUAACUCAGGUCUCACAGAGCACAAAAAUGUUCCCAUUGUCAAUGCCGGAUUGAGCCAGUUACAUCUAUGAAGAUGCCCAACAUGGGGAUUUUUUUUUUAAUUCGUUUUUAAAGAAAGGCAUCAAAUCGCAGUAUUCUCUGCACAAAAUUCCUUUUUAUAUAAACACUGCGCACAUAUUUGUUUUAUGAGAAUCGGCGUCUAGAGCAAGCAUGUAACAUGUAUGCAAUGUUGCAUGUAGUAUGUACUUAAAGGGAUAUUUAAAUUGAAAACCGUUCUAUCAUGCAUGUUAAACAAAGUGAAACUAUAUUUGUGCAUGAAAAAAAACUGAGAAAAUGCAGGUUUGUGCACAACAAAUACUUAAAGGGACACUGAACCCAAUUUUUUUCUUUUGUGAUUCAGAUAGAGCAUGCAUUUUUAAGCAACUUUUUAAUUUACUCCUAUUAUCAAAUUUUCUUCAUUCUCUUGGUAUGUUAAUUUGAAAAGCAAGAAUGUAAGUUUAGAUGCCGGCCCAUUUUUUGUGAACAACCUUGGUUGUCCUUGCUGAUUGGACAGCACCAAUAAACAAGUACUGUCCAUGGUUCUGAACCAAAAAUUUGCUGGCUCCUAAGCUUAGAUGCCUUCUUUUUCAAAUAAAGACAGCAAGAGAACAAAUAAAACUUGAUAAUAGGAGUAAAUUACAAAGUUGCUCAAAAUUGCAUGCUCUAUCUGAAUCAUGAAAUAAUUUUUUUUGGGUCCAGUGUCCCUUUAAAGGGACAGUAAACACAAAAAAUAUUAUUGUUUAAAAAGACACAUAAUCCCUUUAUUACCCAUUCCCCAGUUUUGCAUAACCAACAUGGUUAUAUUAAUAUACUUUUUACCUCUAGGAUUACAUUGCCCCUUAUCUCAGUGCUUUUUUUUUUAGCUUUUUACAAUCUUGCAUUUUAGCCAGUUAGUGAUGGUUCUUGUGAACACAUUAUCAUUUUCCGAGGGAGUGAGCAUAAUCUUAUCUAUAUGGCACACAUGAACAAGCAUUGUCUGGCUGUAGUGCAAAAUUGUAAAAACCUUUUAAUAUAACAAUGCUGAUUAUGUAAAGUUGGGGAAUGGGUAUUAAAGGUGUUAUCUAUUUUUUUUUAAACAAUUAAAAAUAAAACCAAGUAGACUGUCCCUUUUAAAGCUUACAUGGAUGAUAAUUGGAUGAUUAAGACAACAACUCUCUGUUGAAAGACAUGGACAGAACCAUAAAAAUACAGUGCACAGGAACGUCCAAUAUUUUUUUUAAAAAAAUACGACACAGCAGCCUCUUUCACAGCGGUUCAAAAAAAUAUCCAUUUAAUUGUAUGCAAUGCUUAGAAGCUAGGAAUAUUAAAUAUACUAAUAAAUAUUAGAAGUUCUCUUCACUUAUUAAAAGAAAAAGAUAAAAUUGACCAUACUUUGUAUUCUUUCACCAAUUAAAAUUUCUCUGCUACUAAAAUCUUAUUUACGCACUUCCAAUCUCUGUUUCAUGCAACCUAUUUACCAAACAGAUACCUACCCGGGCAGACAUAUAACAGAGUGCUUUUUUUUUGGUCCAAUAUAAUAAAAAUCAAUACUCAUGAAAAACAAUUGUUCCUGUGUUUCAAAACAUAAAUCUGGAGUAAAAUGAUGGAACAGAUCUGUGUAAUAAAUAUUUAAUUGCACCUAAUUCAACAUUUAUAAUAACUUUAAAAAACUAAAUACAAAACAAGUUUCAGUAAAGCUCACAUAAGUUGUACACAGUACAAGAUUUACUAUUUUUUAUUUAGGGUUCUCUAAUGGAUGUUUUCCUAUAAAAUUUGGAUCUCAACCAAAACUUCUAUAGAGAUAUAAGAUUAGGUACAAUUAUGUAUCACUGGGACUAUUUUUUUCCCCAAAAAAACAAAACAAAAAUCUUUUAAUACAUUAAAGGGAUACUAAAUCCAAAUUGUUUAUUUCAUGAUUCAGAUAGAACUUACAAUUUUAAGCAACUUUCUUAUUUACUUCUAUUAUCAAAUUUACUUCGUUCUCUUGCUAUCUUUAUUUAAAAAGCAGAAAUCUACAGCUUAGGAGCCGGACCAUUUUUGGUUCAGAACCGUGGUUACACUUGCUUAUUGGUUGGCUGAAUGUAAGUCCCCAUAAGCAAGCACUAUCCAGGCCGCUGUCCUUGAUUUGAACACAAUACAGAUCUGAAUUUAUUAAAGGGACACUGAACUCAAAUUUUUUCUUUCGUGAUUCAGAUAGAGCAUGAAAUUUUAAGCAACUUUCUAUUUUACUCCUAUUAUCAAAUGUUCUUCAUUCUCUUGGUAUCUUUAUUUUAAAUGCAAGAAUGUAAGUUUAGAUGCCGGCCCAUUUUUGAUGAACAACCUGGGUUGUUCUUGCCGAUUGGUGGAUAAAUUCAUCCACCAAUAGAAAAGAGCUGUCGAGAGUGCUGAACCCCAAAAAAAGCUUAGAUGCAUUCUUAUUCAAAUAAAGAUAGCAAGAGAACAAAGAAAAAUUGAUAAUAGGAGUAAAUUAGAAAGUUGCUUAAAAUUGCAUACUCUAUCUGAAUCACAAAAUUAAAAAUGUGGGUUCAGUGUCCCUUUAAGUAAAUUUGCAAUACUGGAAAAUCCUUUUUGAAAGAAGUUUAUGGUGGUAUACACAAUCUUAUAAAAUGCUUUUCUGCAGAACCAAAUAUAUUCAGUGACAUUUUAAUACAUUUACACAAAUGCACUACAAAAGGGCAUGCAAAAGAUUACUUACAGUAAUAUAAAGCAUAACAUGUCUGAAUAACUUGAAGGGAUAAUGCUGCACUUGUUCAAGCCAAUAUUAGAGCAAAAAGUGACAAUUGUAACUGGUCAAUGUUCUUGUUUAGCGUAAGAUGUCUAUUUAUGUCUAGAUGUUGUUGUGUACAGAUAAUGUAUGGUUUGUCAGUCUUUAUUUUUGUAAAAAAAUGUUUGUUGCCAAGAAUAUAGUUUGAUAAAUAAAAUACUUUGUAAUUUUUAAUACAAAAAAA